AGCGCCGUCGAGUCGGGGGAACGCCGGCGGGUGGAUCCGACCACUCCCUGGGAGGCGGACGCAGGAGGACGGGCGGGUACUGGAAACCGAGCGGCAGGCAGUCCCCGCAGGUUUGUGAAGGAGGUCGGUGGCCGCAGAGGACGCCAGUCAGUUUUGAGAAAAAAAAAUCACUUCUCACUGUACUGGAUAGCAAAAAUUAAGUGACUUCUACUGCAAACCAUGGCACUUUCGUUCCGGAAGGACUUAGAAAAAUACAAGGACCUGGAUGAAGACGAACUCCUUGGGAAUCUAUCAGAAAUAGAACUGAAACAACUGGAAACUGUUCUGGAUGAUCUUGACCCUGAGAAUGCCCUUCUACCUGCAGGGUUCCGGCAGAAGAACCAGACAUCAAAGUCUGCCACAGGGCCAUUUGAUCGAGAACACCUCCUUUCAUAUCUGGAGAAGGAAGCUUUGGAGCAUAAGGACAGGGAAGACUAUGUGCCCUACACUGGAGAAAAAAAAGGGAAAAUAUUUAUCCCCAAACAGAAACCUGUACAGACUUUUACAGAAGAAAAAGUAUCUCUUGAUCCAGAACUAGAAGAAGCUUUGACAAGUGCUUCUGAUACAGAAUUGUGUGACCUCGCAGCUAUUCUUGGGAUGCACAAUUUGAUAACGAAUACACAGUUCUGCAACAUAGUGGGAAGUAGUAACGGUGUCGACCAAGAACAUUUUUCAAAUGUGGUAAAAGGGGAAAAGAUUCUUCCAGUAUUUGAUGAGCCCCCAAAUCCAACCAACGUUGAAGAAAGUUUAAAGAGGAUUAAAGAAAAUGAUGCUUGUCUUGUUGAAGUUAAUUUGAAUAAUAUAAAGAAUAUCCCAAUACCAACCCUAAAAGAUUUUGCAAAGGCUUUGGAAACCAACACACAUGUGAAAUAUUUCAGUCUUGCAGCCACCCGAAGCAAUGACCCUGUUGCUACUGCUUUUGCAGAUAUGCUAAGAGUGAACAAAAAUUUGAAGAGCUUAAAUAUGGAAUCCAACUUUAUUACAGGAAUUGGGAUUCGAGCACUGAUUGAUGCUUUGAAAGAGAAUGAAACCCUGAUGGAGCUGAAAAUCGACAACCAGAGGCAGCAGCUGGGGACAGCUGUAGAAUUGGAAAUGGCCAACAUGCUUGAGGAAAAUACCAAUAUCCUUAAAUUUGGAUAUCAGUUUACUCAGCAAGGACCCCGAACCAGGGCAGCUAAUGCAAUAACAAAAAACAAUGACUUAGUUCGCAAGAGACGAGUUGAAGGAGACCACCAGUAAGUCUGCAAACCUGUCAUAUUUGGAAGACAUUGAAAGAUCACCGAGGGUUCUUGUCAUAUCAGAUGUAAAAUUUUCCUGGGUAGAGGGGAAAAGACUGGAAAUCUUUUUUUUUUUUUUUUUUAAUUACAUGUAUCUUUUUUUCUAGUUUAAGGUUGUUGCCAGUUUCAAACUGUAAAAUCAAUAGUAGGUGAUAUUUUGUAUACUAAAGCAUUAUUUCUGCUAAAGUUGAUUUUAAUUUAGCUUAAUUAAAUGUUUUGUGAUGAGUUGGGUUGAAAAAAAAUACAGUUGUAAAAAAGUUUAGGAAGUCAUUUAUGUAGAAUAAUAUGAACAUUUUAAGGACCAAUGUUUUUUAAGUCAAAAAGGGACAUUGCUGAUGUCAGAACUGCUGUCGUACUCUUUGGUACAAGGCACUUCAAAGCUUGCCUCAUUCCAUGGCAUGGAGACUUUUCCAUGUUUUCUAGAACACACACACUUCUUUCUUGAAAAAAAGCAAAAUGCCAACAUCUUAAAACAGAUUACUUAAAACUUGGUCAUCUGUCUUAAGAGUCAAAGCAGGUCUCUAGGCGAGAGGAAGCGGUCUCCAGUGCCUCCUGCACACUGCACCUGUGUGGGGUGUCUCAGCACCUACAGUUUUUUUAAACAGAGUCAUCAGCUUGGCUAGGUUACACACUUUGUUUAAAAAGUAGUUAUGUCAAAAAAUAAAAAGUAGUUAUGUCUAAAUUCAUUACAGGCUUUCAUUUUAAUAAUGUGGGCAUUAUUAAAUUUUUGUGAAAGUUCACAGUAAAAAAAAAACCUGAGUAGGAAAGCUAUUUUCUUCCCUGUAAAAGGCAUCCAGCUCACUCUGUUAUUUAGAGUAAAAGGAAAAAGAGCUGUUGUUAAACACAUGAAAUCAGACUUACUAAAUGGUGGAGAUUAAGUCUUAGGAGCAUGCAGAACGGUCCUUUAAAUUGAUGGUUACUCCAAAGUAAAUUAGAAGAUGACCUGCGUAUAAAUUAAGAGUUUACACAGGAUAGUAAGAUGUUCCUGUAUGCAGUGCAGAGUUGUCUGGAUGGUAUACAAUCACCCCUUACUACAGAUUUUCCAACCAAUAAGGAAAAUGACUAUUCUUGAUAAAUCUAAUUUUUAUUAACUGUUUCCUCUCAUCUUGAACUUUUUGGUCCAUACUGUAUAAAAGUAGUUUCUCAUAACAAGAUGUCUUCCUAUCACUCAAAGUAUUAAAGUGAGUGGUUGAACAGUGAGGUGUGGUGGGCAGGCCACUCCAGGUCCAGUAGUGUGAUAGUCAGUGUGGACCUGUAUUCAUGCCAGGUUCCAGGGCGGUCCCGGGAGCAGGAGAUGGCAGAGGCCGUGCAGCUACAGAGGACAGGGCACAGUUGUUCAGACUGUGAACAGUUCAGGCCUGGCUGUGUCACUUACAGGGAGAUUUUUCUAAAGGGAGGAAUCUCUUUCCAGAAUAGGGGAGAGAUGCGUUCUUAAUUUUUUUUUUUUUUAAACUUCUUGAAACCAAAUUAUAGAAGUCUGCUCCUUUGUCUUGGGCUAGACAGUUUGUCUCGAGUUAGAUGGCUCCCUGUAUGCUAUAGAAAUAAGCCUUCUUGAAAGGUGAAAGCUUUCCUCAUAAGGACUGAGUGUGAGUUUCUUUGGAAUCAGUAUCCAGUGUUUGAAAGGGGCCAAAGAUUGACUUUGCACUGUUCCACUAUUCCCUUUUGGUUAUAGGGUGCUGGAGAUUUUUUUUUUUUCCCCCAAGUUAGCAAGUCAAGCUCACUCUCACUGGCUCUUUCCCUCUCUCCUUUUUCAUAAAUGACUUUGGGAAUGUACUUGAUUUUUAGAGACUGCACAGUUCCAACAGAGCAGGGAGUUGGCCUGGAGCAGGAGUACAGAGCUGCCAGUACACUUUUAGCAAGGCUUCCUUUUUUGCCCUGCCCUGUAACUCAAUAAAUUGAUAAGUAUGUUACCCUGUCUUCCCAAAAGUCUUUUUUUUUUUUUUUUUUAAAUAUAGGUAGGUAGGGCCCCACUUAGAAUUCUGUAUUAUACUUAUGGGUAAUAUCUUUUCAGUUAUUAUUUAUCAAAGUAUGAAGAAGUUGAGUGUUUUGCUUGUACCAUUCCAGUUCUGAGCUACAACAUAUAUAAUGGAAGAAAAGAUUUGUUAAUAAAUAACUAAAGGUGAACAUUCAUCUAUCCGAAUACAGAAAAUCUUUCACAAAUUGUGAAAUUUCUCCCUUUCACAAGGGAGAAAACGGAUGUUUACUUUGAUCUUUAAAAAUCUGGCACCUCUCAAAAAAAAAAAUCUAGCACCUGUUUUCCUUUUAGUAACUUUCAAUAUUUCUAUAUUGUGCUAAAUUUUUAUAAUAGAAUUGUGAAGUAGUCUUGAUUUUUAAACCAAAGAUCUUCUAAGACAUUUAAGUUUUUGUACUGUAACCAGUAUAGACUUAUCUCGUUAUCCAAGCAAAGACUGUUCUUUGCGUUUUUACAUUGCUGUUUUUUAAAAACCUUUUAAUUUCACAUUUUUUAAAAUUUUAUAUUCAUAUUUGUCAGAAGUUCUAAUUUUUCCAGUUUGUCUACAUGAAAUUAUUAUGUAUUAAAAUCAAUAUUAAUGAUAUUAUUAAAAUGGAUUUUGGUGCUAUAUACUUGUAGCUAAAAGUAGAAGUCUAAAGAAUAGGUGGAAUACAUUCUCUAAGGGUGCCUGUCAUUUAAAAGACCAAAUAAACAUUUUGUGUUUAAAAAAAUUAGACUGUUAGAAAUUCUAAGGAGAAUUACCUUGGUUGUUAAAUUGCAGAUUCUCAUGAUUUGAAUGAAAUAACCCACAUACUUGCUUUGUGCAGUAGGUACUCCCUCAAAAAGUUAACAGGUAUAGAGCUUUGUAAAUUCUUUUUCCAUUGACAGUAUCUGAUGUUUUUUCAUUUAAAAAGCGGAAUCCAUGGUAUAAAGAAAAUUAUAAAAGAAAACAUGUUUUGAUGGAAAGUUAUGUCCUGUUGUACUUUAUUUUAACCCUUGCUGCCAUUAAAAUAAGAUUAAACAAUUCAUGAGAUUUCAUAAAAUUGUAAAAUUUUGGCUCUGUGGUCCUAGAACUUCUAACUUUUUCCUUAUAAAAUCAGGAAUCACUAUUAUCUCCUGGCAGAAAAAAGGAUCAUUGUUUUUCUGGAAUCUAUAGCAGUUUCCAUUUUCUGUAAGUUCAGUACUGUCUCGUUUUCCUCCAUUACAAUGUCAGGUCACUUAAAAUUUUUUUUCUAGUUUUAUUGAGAUAGCUAACAUAUAACAUAUUUUAAGGUACAAAACAUAAUGAUUUGAUAUAUGCACAUACUUACAAAAUGGUUACUACAGUAAAUUUAGUUAACAUCUGUCACUUCACAUAGUUUUUAAAAAUGUUUUUUCUUGUGAUGAGAACUUUUAAGUAACUUUCAAAUAUGUAAUAAUACAGUAUUAUUAACUGUCAUCACUAUGCUGACAUUACAUUCCUAGGACUUAUUUUUCUUAUAACUGGAAGUUUAUACCAUUUAACCACCUUCGUCCAUUUGACCCCCUCUCCACACCCCAACUCUGGCAACCCCCAGUCUGUUCGCUCUAUCAAUGGAUUUAGUUUUUUUAGGUUCUAAUACAUGAGAUCAUAUAGUAUUUGUCUUCCUUUCAGAUUUGUUUCACUUAACAUAAUGCCCUCAAGGCCACUCCACUUUCAAAUAGUAUUAACUGAAGACACAGCAUCCACAAGACCCAAACACAUUGGAUGUGUCAGAGCGACUCCUAUCAAGGGGUGUGAGUUCUUCAGUCUAAACAUCCACAGAACCCUCUUUUCCAUCACUUCUCACUGAACAUUCAUGUUUCUAGCUACUUCUCACUCAAAGGAACUCUUCACCAAGUUUUAAAUUGAGAAAAUUGUAUUUACAAUCAGCAAAGAAUUUAUAUUCUUAUGUCAUUUUAAUUUGGUCAUUCUUUCUUAUGUCAUAUUUCUUGUGUGUUAUAAUUUAGUUCUGCAUGUCUUUCCCUACAAAAACUGAACACAUUGGAAAUUUUUUAUAAUAAAACAUUUACAAGUUUGUUAAUGCUAAACUCUAACAUGCAGCCUGAUCAUUCAGAGAAGCCAAUCUUUAAACCCUUACCAAGCAUUUUAGACAGCCUUCACUGAUAUAUAAGGACUUUUACUUAGGCUAUCUGCUCUCGUAGCUAGAUAAUAGAUUUUAACACUGUGAAACACCACCAGCCAUGUUUUGUAUUUAGCACUAUUGUUCAAGUUCGUACACUUUUAAGAUAAUCAAACUCUGUUAGAGUAGACAUAUGUGAGUGAGGCUUAACUUCCUUUUCUACAGACUAUCAGUAUGUUUUAAAUGUUGCAAAGCAAUUAAUAGGUCUAAAAUUUUUUUGUCAGAUAUUGUAGUUCAUCAGACAGUAAGGUUUAAAAACAAAUUCUGAAAAAAAUAAAUGAAUAAAAAAUAAAAAUAAAUAAAAACAAAUUCUGGGUGCUUGUUGGUGGGUAUGUAAAGCAGAUUUUUAGGAGUUUAAAUUUCACCUUAAGACGAAAGGAAAACAAUUUGAUUCAGCUGUUUACACUUUUUAGAUUUGUCUGCUUAAGAAUUGUAAGAAAGAUAAAUUGUAAAGAAAAUUGCGCAUGCAUACAUGUGCAUGCACACACGCAGAGUAUAUGAAAACCAUUGUAAUUUUGAGAAAGUGCCCACUUUUUUUUUUUUAGUCUUUUGGAUGAAUUAUAUUUGGUUUCAGUUCAGUUGAGUCGCUCAGUCGUGUCCGACUCUUUGCGACCCCAUGAAGGCGGACAGGUAUGCCAGGCCUCCCUGUCCAUCACCAACUCCUGGAGUUUACUCAAACUCAUGUCCAUCGAGUUGGUGAUGCCAUCCAGCCAUCUCAUCCUCUGUUGUCCCCUUCUCCUCCUGCCCCCAAUCCCUCCCAGCAUAAAGGUCUUUUCCAAUGAGUAUUUGGUUUCAGGUAUGUUUAAAAGCUUGAAAAUUACUUUUGUAACAGUGCAUUCUUUGUCACAUGAAAUUGGGCAUUUAAAUACCUUUUUUAAUGCUAAAAUAUAAAAAUGCUGUAAAUGCUUUUUCUAUUUUAAUAAAAAACUAUUAGAAAAUA